AUGAGCGGACUGAGGUCUCCUGGGCUGCUGGGGCUGGUGCUCUUAAUGCUCUCGGCGGGAUAUUGCAAAGAGAAGAGUGACUCCGCAGAUCUGAAGGACAGGCAAAGCCUCUUAAAUCUUAUCAUGGAGAUCAUUCAGGAACUGAAAAGGUACCACCUGGAGAAGGACAGUGGGGUGCAGUACUUCUCCAAACACAACUAUAACUUAGACCGACGGGAAGUGGCAGACUACGGAGGGUACCAGGAUGAGCAGAGAGUUGAAAUAGUUCCCAGAGAUCUGAGGAUGAAAGACAAGUUUUUAAAGCACUUAACAGGUCCACUCUACUUUAGCCCAAAAUGUAGUAAACACUUUCAUCGGCUUUAUCACAAUACAAGGGACUGCACCAUCCCAGCAUACUACAAAAGAUGUGCCAGGCUUCUUACUCGGUUGGCAGUAAGCCCAAUGUGCAUGGAAGGAUAAGGUAAGCUUUUCGAUAGUAAUAAUGACAUUAUACUGCAUAGCAAAGCUGUGGAUUUUGUUUCAUACAUGAAAACUCAUAAUAAAAAUAGUUUUUUUGGCUAAGAUAUUCCUCUUUCAGAGUAUUUGCAGUAACUGGUUUAAUCUAGCAAAUAGUGGCAAUAAAUAAAGGCUACCCCCUACUGGAAGUCAUUAUAUAAAAGUCCAUGUGCAUCAGCUAUGAAUUAUUCAUAGAAUUAUACAGUUACCAGCUAGUGAAUUUGUUGUUAUAGAACAAAAGACAACAGCUGUAGCAUAUUUUUUCAAGAGUUGACUCAGUAUACAAUUGUUUAUAUUGGUAGUGGCAGCCCUUUUAUGUGUGCAGCUGUAGAUCUCUGGUGUACAUUUCAGUAUAAGUUAAUAUACAUGUAGCUAUACACAUGACAGCUUUAUACAUGCAGAUAGGUUGCAGGUGCUUUUAUGGUACUUAAAAUGUAUUAGUAGCAUUGACAAACUAACUUUAAGCUGUCCAGAUUUCUAGGGAUUUUCAUUGUGUACACUAUGUCUAUGUACACUUCUAUGUAUGGGUUAUUCCCUCCCUUUUUGCUUAGAUGUACCUCUAAUUCUUAGUACUUUGAGAAUCUCAACAUGUACCAAAAAAAAAAGUUCUUCCAAACGAACUGAAUUUCUAGAAAACUGACACAUAAGAAUACAAAAGAACUAAUUUAAAUUCUGUCCUCAGCCUUUACCCGAGACAGAAAUGUGACCUCUAACAAAGGGGUAAGUAAUAACCCAUACAGACAUUUCAGUAACAAGUGCUAUCAAAGGUAUUUUAACUCUGUGACAAGAUACACAUCUUGUGGAGAAAAAAAAAAAAAAAGCAUUAAGGCUUAAGCAUCUUAGUUGACUUUUUAAAGCACAGAAACUGUUUUGCAUGGCAUUGUCACAAGCAAGCUAGUGAGAUGUGAUCAAGAUACAUGCAAAAAUGGUUGGAAAAUAUUGAAGCUAUCAGUGCUUCAGUGUCAAACUGAAAAGUUGUAUUGAGCAUAGUCACACAGCUACAUUAUGGGUAUGGUAUAGGUCAAUACUUUCAUUAAUUUGCAUGGUAGAAGUCAGUAUAUUUAUGGAUGACAGUGGUGUAGGAGAGGCAACCAUGAGGGAGUACAUCACUGAAAUUUAAAAUAACCUUGGAAAUGCAGCUGAAUAGUCUAAAAACAGGAUAAAACAUACGGGGAAAGCAGAAUUAUGAAGCCAUGUAGGAGUACUAUAUAUGCAGAAAUAUAUGGCAAGUUGUGAAAUGCUAGAUAGAUAGUUCUGUAGAAAGUGCAGGAAUUAUGAUAGACUCAUGUUUAGUUUGUGAUCCACUAUGUCACACUUGAAAAAAAGACAAACUGGAAUUUAUAAAUAGAAACAUUGUUUAUAAAACGUGAAAUAAUCACUGUUGCUGGUAGAAUACAGGAUUUAAUUGAGGACCCCACACUUGAAGCCAUACGGGUGUUUCUUGGUUGCUCUGAAGAAGAGCAAAAUGGAUGACUAAAGAAAACACAAUUUACAAGAACUAAAAGGAAUUAGGAUUAUUUAGUCUAAAGGACAGAUGGGUAUGGGAAAACACAACUGAGCUACUUGACUUCAUAAAAGGUGGCCACAAGCCAUUCUUUUUAUCCAGUGUGGAUAAAUAAGAUUUAAUUUGUUUAAAUUUGCAAUGCAAGGAUUCCAACUACACGUUAGAAAAGACUUUUCUAACGGCCAGGGCAGAGAUCAUAUAUUAAAUCAUUAGAUACCAUUCAGCAUUCUGACUUUAUGCUAAACUCCUCAACGUACUUUUAAGUAUUUUCUGCAGGACUUCCUAAAAUAGACCUAGACUAGCCCAGCUUCAAGUCAAAAAGUUCCUAAGGUCCACUGACUGUUACAUUACUUGUUGUCAUCAACUGAAAUACGCAGCCAUCGAGAGGAAUCUUUUAUUCAUACAUCUUGUGUUCAGGGAUGGAAUCAUGGAAACAACUGCAGUAAGACAAAUAAAAGCUAGUAAAUAAGUAAAUCCUCUGAUCUAACUAAGAGGAAUUCCAGGAUUUAACCUUUCAAUUCAAAGAAAGCAAGGAAUGAAUUUGAUAAUGAUUUGAUAAUGAUAUUCACCUGUGAAAGGUAGGUGAGUACUGUAUUACCAAUACUAAUACACCAGAGUAGGGAGAUCUUUUCUCUCUUUCCUUUGAAAAUUUUAUCAAUCACUGCACCCUAUCACAAAAGCACAAACUUGUAAACAUGAAGGAACAGUGACUAAAGUAGUUCUCAUCUCAAGCUGGUAGUCUAUUAAAAAAAAAAUAAAUCCGUCUUAUUUUGCCAAAGAACUCCUUUGCUCAACUAACUGGCAUGUCUGAAGGUCUCCACAAGCCAAAGGUACAAACCAUUAACAGUAUCAGCACUCUUAAGCAACAUUUACUAAAAGAACAGCCUUUCCUCCUACACCACAUAUGCCUUGAGACCCCCACUGAAGUCCCCAUAAAAUUAAGCAUCUUUCCUACCCAAACCUUU